AUGGCCCUGUCAAGCGAGGAAAUUCCGCUCUCGACAAAUCUCCCAUCUCUCAGCCUCUCCACCAAAAAGUCUCGCAAACAACGAAAGAACUCCCCAACACCCGCACAAUAUGACGAUCAGGUAGCAAUAACCUCAAUCCCCAAUUCAUUACUAGAAAUGGCGACGCCCCUCCGCCUCCUCGUUUGCUCAAUAGGCAACCCAGCACCAUACACAAACACCCUCCAUUCAGCAGGCCACAAUGUCCUCACCUCCCUCGCGGCCUCCCUCUCCUACCCAUCCUUCCAGAAAUCCCGCGACUACGGCAACGGUCUCGUGUCCCAAGGGCCCGAAUACACGCUCUGGCAAUCGCGGUCCUUGAUGAACAUCUCCGGGGCCGGGGUGUCUGCCGCUUGGCGGACAUUUCAGAAACACUAUGGUAGUGGGGAGCAGGUGGGGCUUGUGGUUGUGCAUGAUGAGCUGGAGCUGGGCAUGGGCGAGGUUAAGGUCAAGGAUGGGGGCGCGAGUGCUAAGGGCCAUAAUGGGUUGAAGGAUAUUGCGAGGUAUAUGAAGGGCCAGAAGUGGGUGCGUAUUGGGGUAGGGGAUUGGGAGGCCCGAGUCCAGGGAGCCGGACGUGGUGGCGGGUCCUCUUUGCGGCUUGAAAUACUUUCCGCGGCCCUUCAAGUCCCCAAAACAUGUUAUCGGAUACCGAAACGAUUGACUGCUUCCAAGGACGAUCAUGUUUCUCAGGAUCAAGUUGAAGAGAGUAUCGAACCUUUCGGAGAUCGAGAGGACAUAUCCGAACUCGGAUUCCCAAAUACAGUGUACAAGGCCCGGUUUACUCAAGCAGGCGCAGAUUUCGAGUCUAAUAUUAAGGCGGCUACAUCUAAUUAUGACAUGGAAUAUGAGGAUUUGCGGAUCAGGCCACGUGGUGAUAAUACACAGACACCUUUCAGGGUUGGCUCAAAUUGA